UCUCAGCAACAUUACACAGGAUUUGUGUGAAAUGGAUGACGCUCUGUCUGACCAUGAUGGAAGUGAUUUUGCAAGCCAAGACAUCCACACAGACUCCAAGGGCGAUUUGGACUUCUACACAGACCCCGAGGGUGAUUUGGGCUUCUACACAGUGGAUGAACUACACAAUGCUUUGUGUAAUGAUGAGACCACUUCAGUAUGGCUACCGGUACUACCUGUCAAAAAUAUCGAAUCUUCUUCUUCUUCUACUGUAAGUAACAAACCAACAGUUGUUGAAUGUCCUGAUGAGUCUCCAACAGAAGCAGCUGAAACACUCAUCACCGCAGCUGAAGUAAAUGAUAAGACCACUUCAGUAUGGCUACCGGUACUACCUGUCAAAAAUAUAGAAUCUUCUUAUUCUACUGUAAGUGACGAACCAACAGUUGUUGAAUGUCCUGAUGAGUCUCCAACAGAAGCAGCUGAAACACUCAUCACCGCAGCUGAAGUAAAUGAUAGACCACUUCAGUAUGGCUACCGGUACUACCUGUCAAAAAUAUAG